GUAAAAAGUCUCGCUCAGCUUGUUUUUGCUGUGGCGCAUUAUGGUGACGUAAUAUAUGUGUGACCAAGAGGAAAGUCAGGCUUCAACUUCGCUCGCUGGGAGGUUUUCAAAGGGUUUCGCGGGCCAUGGGGGACAUGAAGACUCCAGACUUUGACGACUUGCUGGCAGCGUUUGAUAUCCCUGACAUUGAUGCUAUCCAGUCAAGCCCAGAAGACAACGAGGUGUCUGCUGCUAUUAAUAAUGACAAUAGUAAUAAUGCUGACGAAAGUAAAAGUCGCUCACCUACCUCUCACACUGAUCCCCCUGCUGUCAGUGUUAUUGUGAUGAACACUGUGCGGGCUAGUGAAGAUGAGGAGAGGUCUAACAAUCGAGAUGGAGAACAAGACAACACCACAGAGAUGGAUGACACCUGUUCACAAUACAGUGCUGCACUUAACGGGUCUGCUGCUGCUGCUGGUGCUCAGCUCGGAUCCAAGGCAGCACCAUGGAGUUUAAACGAUAGGGACAAAGGUUAUGAUCUGGAAUCUUCGAAAUUCCCAAGUCCUUCCUCGCCGCCGCCUUUGCAGAAGAAGGAGGAAGCGCAUGUAGUCCAGCAUGCUUCGCCUUUAACACACAAUGGGAACGGGUCAAAGAAGAAUAUGACGGACUUGGAUGAGGAGGACUCGGAACCAGACUUGGGAAGCCCGCUGGUCAUCCACGAAAGCCCAGAAUUUGUCAUGCCGUCGCCUCCGAAAUUGAAGCACGGCGUAAAGCAUCAACUUCGGCUGUGCACCUCCCCGGAAACCCCCUCUAUCACUCCUCCGGAUGCAUCGUCCAGCGCCCCAGACGAGCAGGUGUGGAAGCCUGAGAACUGUCACGUUGCACCAGUGCGACAGGAGAAAUACCCCGAGCACGUCAUCGAAGAGAGGGACUCGCCUGAGAGCCCACCACCUAGCGAGACGGGGCUUGUGUUGCCGAAGAAAAUCAGCAGGCCAGAAUCGGCGCCAAUGGGGAAUACCAAUUCCUGUGAUCACCAGGAGGAGCUUAGUGACCGUGAAAAGACAGCAGGGCAGCGAACUCAAAAUGUGAAUGAGGAAAAUGGUGAGUCGUCGUCUGGCACUGCUAUUGUUGCCAUCGCAGCUCCACCCGAAUUGUUGCCCCUCAAAUUUAAAAUCAAAGUGCCUCAGAGGAACUGCGCAAAGACCACACCUAAAAAGCGAGCUAAUUUGAAGCGUGCGGAUACGUCAAAAUCUUCACCGCAAGCACCCAAUCCAAGAUCUAAAAAGGGGGUUCCUCGUAAAGGUGCCCUCAAAGAAAAAAGCACAGCAGUCCUGAAAUCAAAAGUCCCUCCUGCAGUCACCAAAACGGCACCUCUUCCCCCCAUGUCCAUCUCAUCAACCAUCCCAAGUGGUGUCAGCCUACGCAGCCUGGGUCGCACCACUCUGCAGAGUCCUCCUCAGAGCAGUAGCAGCAGACCGGCCUCUAUUGUAAAUAGCGCCGGGUCCAUCAUAACCAAGAGCCAGACCAACUUGGUGGAAAGCUUCAAUAAAAUUCUCACCAAUAAGAACCUGCUGCCCUGUUAUAAACCGGACCUGAGCUCCCCUCUUCCAGCAGAGUGGGGCCUUCCUCUACCUGCACAGGGUUACCGCUGUUUAGAGUGCGGCGACGCCUUUGCCCUGGAGCAGAGUCUGUCCCGGCACUACGAUCGGCGCUCACUGCGCAUCGAGGUGACGUGCAAUCACUGCGCCAAGCGGCUGGCCUUCUUCAACAAGUGCAGCCUGCUUUUCCACGCCAGGGAACACAAGGAGAGAGGCCUGAUCAUGCAGUGCUCGCACCUGGUCAUGAAACCUGUGCCUGUCGAGCUGAUGAUCAGCCAGAAAGAACCCAAUGGUCAGUCCAUUGUCCAGCCCAAAGUGCAGCCAAAUCUAGUGAUGCCUAACAAGAAAGCAGACACAGUGCAAUACACGGGAAAUAAAUGUCCAGAAUGUCAGGCUCAGUUCAGCAGUAAAGAAGAGGUGGCUCAACAUUUCCAAGAAAUCAAACAAGCUCAAAGCACACCAUGUACGGAAUGUUCUCCUCCGAUGCUACUGCCCAACAGCUGCAGUGCAGCAGCUCAUCAGCGCAUACACCAAAGCGGCCUGCCGUAUGUCUGUCCUGAAUGUGGCGGCACGGCCAAGCAGGCGCAUUUCCAAGCACAUCUGGAUCACACUUGUUUGCACUUUUCACGCCGCAUCGGUUACAGAUGCUCCAGUUGCCUGGUGGUGUUUGGAGGCUUGAACUCGGUGAAGUCUCACAUCCAGCAGGCUCAUUGUGAUAUUUUCCACAAGUGCCCCAGCUGUCCCAUGGCUUUCAAAUCUGCACCUAGCACACAAAGUCACAUCACGACGCAGCAUCCGACGUUGACUGAGGGACAGGCUUUGUUGAUCUAUAAAUGUGUCAUGUGUGACACAGUUUUCACAAACAAGUCUUUGCUGUACGUUCACUUUGAAUCACAUUUAACCAAUCAAAAGGUUCAUGUGUACAAAUGUCCAGAGUGUACCAGACUAUUCUCUCAAAGAUAUUCCCUAAUGGACCAUUUCAAGAACCACAAGUCAUCCAAACAAGAGUUGCCCACCGUCCCAGCUUCUCCCAGUUCACAGCCGCCAGUCAAAUUAGAGAGCUCAGACGGGGAAGAUGGAAUGGAUAAAGACUCAGAGGAGGACUGUAAAGCGGAGAUGACCGAGACGGUCUCAGAGUGGAAGUGUGCUGACUGCAAAGCACGUUUCCUUGACCGGGAAGAGUACAUCAACCACAUGGCUAAACAGCAUAACAAGAUCCUGAAGAACUUCCCUUGUAAAAAAUGCGAGAGCUCCUUCACUUCAACCUCAAGUCUGAGACGACAUGUCCGCGACAAACACAAACUACUGAGUCGAGACUUCCGCUGCCAGUUCUGUACGAGCAGUAAGAAAACAUUCAGCAGCAGAAUGAUGCUGGACAAGCAUGUUCGCCUUCGACACAGCAUGGAGAUGCCGACACAGGGAGCCACUGACGAGGCAGACAGCUCCUCGGAACUCGAUGGCACUCUGAUGACCCGCCGUGGACGCAGAGCGGCUGUUAAGAAGGAACACGAAGACGAGUCUACUCCUGUGAAAAAACUACGACCCUCUUCCGCUCCAGCCCCUUACUCUCCCCCGGAGUCCGGCUUCCGCUGUGCCCCCUGCGGCUUCACCACAGAAGACCAGUCCACCUUCCUGACGCACAUCGGCCAGCAUCAAGUAGCCGCGGAGGGCGGCGCCGGGCAGCAGUGUGUGCAGUGCGGCGCCUGCUUCACUUCCACCUCCUCGCUUUCACGCCACCUUUUUAUCGCCCACAAAGUCAAAGAUGCAGUCUCUGACCAACAGCAAACUCCCGCCUGCUCCGACUCCUCGUCUCCUCUCAACAGCAGGAAGCUUGAUGAGGAUUCUCUGGGUUGUGCUGCAGCGGCAUCGCCGUCCUCGCAUACAAACACAGAGAAGGAGGACGGCGCUUUGAACUGUAAGGUGUGCGGUAAACACUUUGAGAAGGCCACCGAUCUGAACACGCACUUCAGAACUCACGGGAUGGCUUUUAUCAACGCAAGAAAACCAACCUAGACUGUGAGUAACUCUCAACAAAGUGCCUUAUUUAUUGAUGAUUUCUGGCUGAGCUCAAUUUCAACCAAAUAUUGCACACUCAGUUUCUAUGUAAACAAUCAGAGAUGUUGGCUUUAACCCAAAACAAGACACUCUGGAUCUGAAACAUUUUUGGGCGAUACGGGAAAUGUUGGUAUCGAUUUGAUACCAAGUAAAUCCAGGGCCGGUGAUGCUGGUGCAAGUUUUUAAUCAAAAUGUUUUAUUUAAUGAUUUUGUGUUACAUUUUAUGAUCACGAUUAUAAUCAUUUUAAAGAAAUGAUACAGAUUUUAGGCAAACAACAAAUUUUAUCUACACACUUAUUUGUGAGCAGUUAAACAAUGUAUAAACUACUGCUAUUACUUGUCUUAAUCAGAUUAAUCACACACUUUUGGAUCCUGAUUAGUCCUGUUUAAUCUCUGUAAAUCCUCUGCUUGCAAAAUUAAAAAUUAACUCUAAAAAGACCCCAAUAUUUUGACACGAAUGCAAUUUUAUUAUCAGGAUUUCUCACACAAACAUAUAAAAAAAUGUUUUUCUUGAAUGUGCGUCAAAACCUGAGUAUAAUCUCAAAUCCCAUCAGAGUGUGUUUUGAAGCUAACAUUUUCCCAAAGCACACCAGUCUGUUUCCUCAAUCAUCUUUGCACUAACGUAUGCAUUGACCUGAUCACUGACCGUAUAACAACUUAAGCUCUCUUUCAGGUAACCAUUCACAGUUAAAGUAAAAGAAGCAUGUGCAGUCAAAAAAUUGGGUGAAUAAUCUGUGUUGAUACAUUAUAAAUGUGAUAAUUUUUUUAAAUUAAUUACAUGUGUUAACUCUUUGAAUUUGACAGCUCUAAUAUAAACACAAUAUAAGACAACAUAAUACAAUUUUCUCCAUUUAUUACAUACAAUUGUUGGAAAGCACACAUUUUUAAUGGCUUUUCUUUUUCAAAGCCUUGGCUUUUUGCCCCCAAAUCCCUCCUCUGUUCAAAAACAUAUUCCCUGAGUUUGUAAAUAAUAUACCAACAGCAAAAAAUUUUAACAUAUUAAAAAAAAACAAAGAAAGUGAAAAAUCUCAAUCUCAUCACACUAGUAUCGAUCCGAUUCCUUAUACUACCCUCGGGAGAAAACUGGAUGCAUAAUAUGCCUUGUUAAAAGUGAACUUAAAGGGUUUCAAAUCGACUGAUUAUGAUGACAAAGUACUGAGAUACAAUAUUACUGGAAUAUUAGAUUUAGCAGUACGGCCACUAAAUAUGGGCCCUAAACAGAAUUUUUUGUAGGCCCCUAUUUCUAAUACACACUGAUUUCACAAUUUUUUAAAAAAUAAUGUGAACUAAUUUUUUGAAUUUUUUAAUCAAACUUAAAUAUAAUUUGAUGCAUGUUUUGUACUAAAACAAAUUCACUGGAAAUAAUUUAUGCAAUGUAUUUUAUUAGUGCAAAAAACUAUUUUAACAUCAAGAAAAAAUACAUUUAUAAACCUUCCAAAAUUGUAUUUCAUCGGUACUCGAACCUAGAUACCUCAACUUUACAAGACAAGCAUUAGGGCUAUGCUUCACAGGAGCCAGUGUAAAUAUGAGGGAAAUGUUGCCAAUAUGUUCCUGUCCAAAACAUAGCAGCAGGCAGUCAGGAAUAGGUUUGCGGUAAAAUGUCAUAUGAAGUGCCCUGUCAUUCAGUAAUUGACAUACUGUAUCUAUCACAUGCACUUCUUCGUGCAUGUUCUGUGUUUGGGCGAGAGGCUUCUGUUUCGCACAGUAGCUUUGAAGAAUGCAUCGGGUCUGUCACCCAUAGAAUAAAAAGAAACCGCUAAACUAGCUAGUAUAACUGUGAAGGUGACUGUUAAAAAAUGUUUCCGUUAGACUUUGAGACUGUUCAACAGAUAAAUGUUCUCUUCUCCCUCUC